AUGGCAGCAAUUACACAGCCCCUCUGCCACGUACUGACUCCCGUGGGAUGCCUCGGGUUUGGCAUAGACGAAGAUAUCUGCGAUCAGGAAUUGGCCCGGCUGUCUCAGACCAACAUUCCAACGGCAAUUAUUCUUGACUCAGGGUCAACGGACUCGGGUCCCCAGAAGCUGGCGCACGGCACGACAUCUGCGCCAAGAUCUGCUUAUGUUAGAGACUUGGGUAAGCUUUUGAGGCUGGUCCACAAGUAUCGGGUGCCCCUGCUGUUUAGCUCAGCAGGUGGAGAUGGAAGCGGCAAGCACGUAGACGAUAUGCUUGAGGUGAUCAACGAGGUGCAAGAGGUCUCAGACCAGAAUUACAAGACCAAAUGCUUGGCAGUAUAUGCAGAUGUGUCCAAGGCUCGGGUGAAAGAAAAUCUGGCAAAUGGGAAGAUUCGAGGGUGCGGAUCCGCUGUACCUUUACUGACCGACGCCGACAUUGAAGGGGCACCCACCAUUGUCGGGCAAAUGGGCGCCGAGCCUUUCUUGGAUGCCAUGUAUGCAGAGCCCAACUACAACGUGAUUGUCGGAGGGAGAUCAUACGACCCCGCACCAUUCGUCGCGUUCAUGGCAUACACUGCCAUGGGUAAGUCCAGGGUACCCCUUUCGAAACUCCCGGGGUCACAACUAGGUGGAUUCUUUCACAUUGGCAAGAUUCUGGAAUGCGGCGCCCAGUGUGCUACACCGAAGAGCAGAGCCGCCCGAGCAACGAUCUACCGGGAUGGUAGCUUCGAUGUGAUUCCCUUGGACCAAGGAGCUCGGUGUACAGCUGUGUCAGUGGCCGCGCAUACCCUGUACGAGAAAUCGAGGCCGGAUCUGCUCCUUGGGCCAGGCGGCUGUCUGGACCUGACUGCUGCUUCUUACGAAGAGCUCGAGGAUGGGAAGUCGGUGCGGUCAAUGGGUGCUAAAUUUCAGCAUUCUCGCGCAAUAGGAGAGCCGUACACCAUCAAACUAGAAGGUGCCAGGUCACAGGGUUAUCGCUCUAUGUUCGUUGGCGCGUUCCGGGACUCGGCUCUAACGGAGCAGAUAGACUUUUUGUUCCAGAAGGUUCGGGAGUAUGUGAAGCUGCAACAUCGGCACUACGCAGACGAGGACUGGGACCUGGUUUUGCACAAGUUUGGUGUUGGUGAAGUCUGCGUCGUAGGCGAGACGCGUGGUGUGACUCAAGACCUGGCCAACAGCGUAGCCAACGCCGCCCGCGUUGCUUGUAUCCACGGGCCGUACCCCGGACAGAAGGCAACCAGUGGAAAUAUGGCGUUUGGUAUCGCAGGCAAGACCGAGAUCGAGGCUGGGCCGUCGGCUGAAUUCUGCAUCUAUCACCUGAUGGAGCUGAGCGCAGGGGAAGAAGGAGCAACCGAGAUCGACAGCAGUCCCAUCACAAGGUCAGGCUUCGUUGCACCGAGAGAUCGAGGAGUGCUGUUCUCCUGGCGGCAAGUCGAAGUCGGAAAGCAAGCCUGGCCGGAAACGAGAUCUUCUGGAAUCAAGACGGAUCCGGUGGUCCUGAACGCGGUCGAGAAAGGAUUGACUGUCGCUGGCCUUACCGCAUCUUCGGGAACGACCAGCAAGGAUAUCCGGACCCUUGGCGAUGCUGCGCAAGUGGUGCGGUCUAAGAAUUCCGGCCCCUACGAGGUCACAUUUGACCUUCUCUUUGAGUCGCCAUAUGUUUACCAGGCCAUUAAGGAAUCAGGAGUGCUCACCUCGGAAUCGGUGGCAGGGUUGUACGGCUUGUCGGUCGAAGACAUGAUCUAUGACGGCUUCUUCGACCAGGCCUUGGCUUAUAAAGCCACAGUCCCUCGAAUGUUGAACGGCAAGCGAUCCGUGAGUGGCAAUUUUGGCGAAGAGGAUGUCCAUGGCAGUCAGCGUGAGUCACUCCCAUUCCUGGAAAGCCAGCAAGUCUGUGGUCGCAUUCCUGCUUUCUUCAGCCCCCGCAUAUCCUCCUUCUGUUUGAGUCUAGCUUACUGA